AUGAAGCUUCCCUCUUCUUCCCUUUUGUUCACUCUCACAAUCCUCUUUUGUUCUCUCAACUCUCUAGGUUUUACCAACCUUCUCACCCAACAAACAUGCAAGAAUUGCUCAAAAACCGACCCCAACAUAAGCUACAAAUUCUGUGUAGAAUCUUUCAAAUCCAACCGUAGGAGCCAACAUGCCAAAAGCCUCCAAGAACUAGGUCUAAUCUCCAUCCAGAUAACAAGGCACAACGUGACAGAUACCAAAGCUCGCAUCAAUGAUCUUUUGGAGAAAAACAAGAGCUUAGACCCAUUUAUCAAAGAAUGCUUAGAUGAUUGUCUUGAAGUCUAUUCUGACACCAUUCCCACUUUCAGAGAAGCCAUUAGAGAUUACAGGGCCAAACGCUAUGCAAAUUGCAAUGUGAAGCUAAGCUCAGUCAUUGAUGCCUCCACCACAUGUGAAGAUGGAUUCAAGCAGAAGAACAAUGAUGCUGUUUCUCCACUCACAAAAAGAAACAAGGAUACCUUUCAGCUUUCAGCUAUAUCACUUUCCAUUGUUAACAUGCUCGUCGAUAGGGAUAUAUAA